AUGGACAUGAUUGAUGGCAAUAUGGUAACUGAAAAUGAGCAUGUGGAUCUGAAUAACAUGAUGUUAAAUACAUGUUUGUUUGAGAAAUAUAGCGUUGGGGACUAUUAUACCUGGUCCAAUAAACAUAAUGUUGGAAUCAUUUAUUCUAGAAUUGAUAUUUUUCUUGGGAAUGUUGCUUUGCUUCAAAAUAAUGUUGGCAUGACUAUGAAAACACUACCACCUAGUGUUUCAGAUCAUGCCCUGUUAUGUCUGUCUGGUCAAGAGAAGAGAGAGAGCAGAAGGUCCAAUUUCAAGUUUAUCAAUAGAGUGGUUAGUAUGGAGAGAUAUCAUGCUACUAUUGUUACUAGCUGGAACAAACUGAUGGAGGGAAGGCCCAUGUCAAUUUUAUGGCACAAGUUAAUGAGGCUGCAGUCAACUCUGAAAAAGCUGAGCAAGCCUUUCUUUAGCAUAAAAGUGUCCAUAUCUCAAGCUAGAACUGAUCUCUUGAAGGCUUAA